CUUCCUGUGUAGCCUGGUUUCACUGCCUCGAAGCUGUCACUGGGGAAGCCUGUGCCUCUGACGAAAGUUGUCCAGAACGACUCGUAUACUGCUCCUCCUCCACCUCCUCUCACCCUCACACGCUGCAGAUCACCAACAAACACAUCAAGAACAGCAGCACUAGCGGCAGAACAGGACCCAGCUAGUGACGUGUUGCCUCUGGAGCUGAACCUGAGCCCGUUGGAGGGAACAAAAAUGACCGUCAAUAAUCUACAUCCACGAGUGACCGAAGAGGACAUUGUGGAAUUGUUCUGUGUCUGUGGGGCUCUGAAACGGGCUCGUCUCCUUCACCCGGGACUCGCUGAAGUCGUCUUCGUCCGGAAGGAUGAUGCCAUUACUGCUUACAAAAAAUACAACAACAGAUGUUUAGAUGGUCAGCCAAUGAAAUGUAACCUUCAUGUAAAUGGAAAUAUCAUCACCUCAGAUCAGCCAAUCCUAUUGAGACUGAGUGACAGUCCAGCUGUGAAGAAGCCUGAGUUUCCCAGGGCCAAACCGCGACCGUCCAAUCAACCGGCUGCAGAGGUUGACCCAGAGACCGUCCUGAAGGCGCUUUUUAAAUCCUCAGGGCCCUCGACGUCAGCCCAGCCGACCGCUUUCAAGAUCAAGCUGUGAGCUGCUCCACUGGUGACCACAUUCAGCACACGACUACAGCUCUGGGUCUCUCACUACCCAGUCCAUCCUCUUGCUUCUAGAGGUUCAGUUUUAAAAAAAAAAAAAAAUUUCCAGCUCCUUUCUGUUUUGUCCCUUCUCGGAUGAUGCUUCUGAAACUGGCAAUUCACAGUGGGUGCAAAUGUGUGUGAUUUCCCCCUGCCCUGGAUAUCCUGGUCUCACUAUAGAUCAGCUGACAGCCCCUUUGCUCAGUCUGAAGAGUGCACUUCUCAACUGCUGGGCACAUUGUUAUUGUGGACUGAGCUGUCACUGAUAUGUUACUUUCAUCACCCCUAUUCUGUCACUGAUUCAUAUGGUGGAGGGUGAGAGUGACAGACAGGCAGGAAUUAUAAGCUUCUUCCCUCACCCCACUCUCACCCUCCCUUGAACCCCACAAGUAACGGACAGGUGGCAAGGUGGCAGGGGUGUUGGGGGGGGAAGCAAUCAGAAUUUGGAGAUUGUAUAACUGCCUGGGUAAAUCUGUCAGUGUGUCUCAGCUGUUUACCUUCAACGUUCCUCAUACUUUCCCCAAACUGCCUUAAAUCACAAUGAUCAAGUGAAGAUGGGGAAUGUUGGAUAUGCACAACAGAUCCUUCGGCAUUCCCUGUUUUAAGUUCCCAACAGAGCUGCAGUAUAUUCCUGACGUUCCCUCUAUGUGCUUCUGGCUGUGUUAAGUGUUUACGGAUGGCCCGAGAUGGUGAGGAGCUGCCGUUUCAGUUGCUGGAUUGUUGGAUCAGUAUAAAUGACCACUUCCAGGACCAGGGUCCUGGCAAUGCUGCAAGAGUUUGACUCGAUGCCUCAAUUCAUUGCAUGGCUGCUGGCUGAUGCUAUGUAUCAGGUUCAGCAUGUCAAAUUACUGCAAAAUGGUCAUGGUCUUGAAAAUCCCUUGUGCAAGCUCCCACUUACUAGUCUUCAGGCACAAACAGCAGGUUCAGAGUUACAACGGAGUUUCGACUCUGUGAGUUUUCUUUAUGCCCUCCGCUAAGGCAGUGGGCUGUUCCACAAGAUUCUGCACCCACCCCUCCAUCAAGAGGGUACAAUGGGCUUUUUGACCCCUCCCCCCCACCUCAAGUGAUUGCAAUGGUCUCUUCCCUCCCCCUCCCCUGAAUAGAGACUGCAGUGUGCAGAACUGCAGAUGCUGAAGAUCUGAAACAAAAACAGAAAUGCUGAAGAAACUGGCAGCAUCUGUGAAGAAAGAAACAGAGUUAAUGUUUCCAGUCAGUUCUGAAGAAGAGUCACUGGAUUUGAAACGUUAACUCUUGUUUCUGUCUCCAGAGGUGCUGCCAGUCCUCCAGAGUUUCUCCAGCACUUUCUGUUUUUGUUGCUGUUCCAUCCUCACUCGUUGCCCCCAAACUGAAUGUAAUGGCCUCUUCCACCUCUUCGCUCCCAAGUGGAUGCAAUGGAGUGUUCCACUGCAGAGGGUAAUUCCAACUAAUGUUUCUCUGCCUGAACCCAUGUUGCACAGGGCCGUGAGUAUCAGUAGGGAGCAGGGAGGCUAAGUAGGGUCUGUUUGUUUAGUUUUAGUUUGUGCCUGCCUGUUUGGAUUCACCAUGAGGUACAGAACUGGGUGAGAAAUGGACACAGCUGCCCAGAAGUGAGCUUGGAGAAUAGACCAGGUCCAGCAAGAGAUUAAGCUGAAAGUAUUGCGUCAUUGUAGGAAACAUAUUCUUCAGCCUGUCUUUGAACGAGUGAGUGAUGGAAUUUUAGUGCCUGGGGAGUGCCUUACAUCUCCAGGAGGAAAGGCCAAAGAAUGGGAUUAUUCCGGAUGCAUGGAUAUUUCAAAGAAACUACUGUACUUCAGAGACAGGGUCUUACAACCAAUGGCUUCUUCUACAUAGAUUGUAAAUAAACUGAGUGAUAGGUCUGUCUACCUGGGAAUGAGUUAUCCAUUUGGGUGGACCAUUGCAUCUUUUUGUGUCUGAAUUGGUCAGUAGAUCACUCUUGGCAGGUGGCUUUGUGUCUGAAUGGGAUAUUGAAUCAAUCCCUCCGGCUGAAAUCACCCCAUGUCUUGGUGGACAGGUGAGUAUAUCAACUACAGCUGGAUAGAAGAAUGAGUAGGUCCCUGUUGCCCAGAUAGGACAGAGUAGAUCCCUGUUGUCUGGGUAGGGGAAUGAGUAGAUCCUUCUAGUUAGAUAAUAAGUAGAACAAUUUUUCGUCUGGAUGGGAAAAUGAGUAGAUCCAUCUUUCUGGAUAGGUGAGUGAGUAGAUCCUCUGUAUAGGAUAAUGAGUCAAACCCAUUUUGGUCUGUAAGAGGAGAUUGAGUUGAUCCCUUUGUCAGGCAUGGAGCUGGAAAGUUGUGGGGAAGGCAAAAUAUUCAGGAGUGCUCUUGGAGAACCUGUUUGACUGUGUAGUGACCUGGAAAGGAUGUUGCCUUAUAAUAUGAUUGGUAGCAGGGUAUUACAAGAGUGAUACUCAGAUAAUGUCUGGUAGCUAGUAGAGCCAGAUACACAAUGAUUCAUUGUGCAACAUUCUUCCAAUUGAUGAGUGAUUUCAAUCAAAAGAUUAACCUGUCAUCUAAUGUUCACUUUGGUUUGAAAGAUUAGAUUGAGAGGGAGAUGUGUGAUACCAAACUCCUUCCCAUUAAUGUCAAUAACAGCUGACUGUCGGUUGUUGCUGCUGGGAAUAGACUGGCCCAAGAGAACAGGAUUGUAACUCAUCACAGAUAUGGCCUGCUUUGUCCAUUGUCAGCCUUGCCCUGGUGGGCAGCCUUUGAGUCAGGACAUGAUUUGUUCAAGCCCCACCCCCCGAGAUAUGAGUGUAAAGUUUAGAUUGACCAUUUCAAGGCAAUCCUGUGGUAGUGCAGCACUGCCCAACAAAAUAUUACACUGCAGUCCCGUCUGCUCACCGGUCAUUGUGCAAGAUCCCAUGAUACUAUUUCCAGCAGAUGAGUUCUCCCUCAUACCCUCUUGUUGCUGCUUGAGGAAGUUUGCCCUGUUCAAAGGGCAGCCAGCCACGUUUCCUACUUCACUGCUGUGAGCACGCUUCAGUAAGUACUUCAUUAGCUUUGAGACUCUUCCUGGGUUGCUGAAAGGUGCUAUCAAAAUGCAGAUUCCUCCUUUCUGACCUGUUUGGGUUAGCGCAGUGAAUGAUUUGCACAAUUGUAUGUUCACAUCUGUCAUUGAACCAGUGUUCAACAAUGAUCCCACUCUGACUAUGACUGGGGUUGUGGGGAAACUCCCAGAGCUGUAACUGUUGACUCAUUGCAUUUGAGGGAUGAAAUUAGUUUUAAAUAAAUUUAUUUUUAACAAAAGAAACCUCCAAGAGUAGCUGGUUUGCUGUAGCUACACACCAAACCCAUAGGUGGGAAGCAAUAAGGGUAACACCUUGAAAUUGUGACCCAGAUAUCAGUGGAAGUGUCAACUGAGCUGAUUCUUGUUAAAUCUAUGCUGCUGCUGUCCUGAACUACCGACAGACACCUGAGCCACGCAGGCAGACUGUUUUUAGCCUAAAUGAAGGUGCAUUGGUUCUGAAUGUGAAUUGAGCCAGGAGUAGUCUUAGAAGUGUAGUCAUGGGCUGACUUGCUUUCUGAGAAGGUUUCGGAUGCAGUCCAACACAGACUGAAUGCACAGAGCCUGGUGAAUGCACAGAGCCUGGUGAAUGCCCAGGGCACAUACAGGAAGUGGCCAUGCGAACUGACCCACAUCAGCUGUCUUGUGGAGCCAUGUCAUGCCUGGAAGGUGACCAUUUUGAGCAGGAAUUUUCUGCAUUGGAGUUUGACCAUUUUAAACCACAUGCUUUCUGCACCAAACCUAAAUGGUGUCUGAAAGCACAGUUUGUGUAAAUAGAUUUAUCUUCUACAAUGUAUUCUGUUCCUCAUUUACAAUUCAGCCUAAAUAGACAUUAUACAUAAAAAUAA